UGGAGAGAUCCUCUAUUGCAAAUCCCAGGGCACCAGGCCAAGCCAGGCUAGUAUUGCAUUUUCAAUUAGCUUCUGAGUGAACGCUUGGCAUAUGUGGAAGGGAAUCGGUGCACAAUUAGCUUAUUGUUCUUUUCAGUUUUCUUCUGUGAAGAUUUGAAGGACCAGAGGAGGAAGAGUUGUGGCUCCAGCCAGAGGCAUUGCUGUGGAUGUGGAAUGAGGGAGUUUUUCAGCCCAGGCAGCUCUGCUCACUAACUCGAGAAUUAGUGCUGUUAUUAAGGAGUGCUUGGCGCAGCUUCAGGGAGUGUGCCAAAGGAUCAUCACAGAAACAGCCAUCUGCCUCUCCUUUUAGGCCAUUCGCAGGGCUCUUUUUUCUCGUCUGCAACCUGGUUAUUACCAUGGAGCCAAACAGUCCCAAAAAGAUACAAUUUGCUGUGCCAUUAUUUCAGAGUCAAAUAGAUCCUGAAGCAGCUGAACAGAUCAGAAAAAGAAGGCCCACACCAGCAUCAUUAGUAAUUAUGACUGAUUCACCUCCUGAAAUAGAUGAGAAGAGGAUGAACAACAACUCCCAGGACAAUUCACAGAAUGCCUCCCCCAAACAGAGGAAGCAGAGUGUGUAUACCCCUCCUGCCAUGAAAGGAAUUAAGCAUCUAAAAAACCAGAAUGACUCGGCAUUCCCAGAGGAGGAUGAAGGAGUCAAUGAAAGAGAUGAAGAGUGGAGCCCAUAAGUGACACCGAGCAUCUGUGGGAGAUCCUUUAUUGUCAAUAACUGAACUGCUAAACUUUCUGUACUUACAGUGGAACUCUGUUGCUUUCGUUCCUGACCCAAAGCAGUCUUCAUCUCAGUACUGAGCAGCUGGAGGAUUUCAGGAUGGAAUUUACAGCCACUUACAGAACCGGCAAUAUGGUACCUUGUUAUUAUGAAGAUAACCAUUUCUUCCCCCCCCUUUCUUUCAGGGUUUUAAUGACCAGAUGUAUAGUUUGCAAAUAUGUUCAGUACUUUAUCUUUUGUGCUGCCACAGCUUGAGUUCUGAAUGUGAGCUGCAGUCUAUAAGAUCAGUUGUAAAUAGUACAGAUUCAAAUGCUACAAAAUAAAU